ACAGGGUUGUCCUCAAGGGGUGGGGCUUUAACUUUUGCAAGUUUUGUUGCAGUAACAUAACAUGCGCCUUAAUUACCUCGUAAUUAUGCACACCAACCAACCACUGCUUCUUUAUCUUCCUCCUCAAACCAUCACCUCUUCAAAACCAAAAUGCCAUUUCCAUUAUCACCCCAUUCUCUCUGCUUCAUCUUCUCCCUCUUCCUCUCCCUCCACCUUACCUUCCAAACCACCAUCAUUGCCCCAAUAUCCAAAGACAACUCUACCCAAUUCUACACACUCACUCUACACCUCAAAACCCCUCCCCAACCCACCAAACUCCACCUCCACCUAGGUUCUUCCCUCACCUGGCUCCUCUGCAACCCCACCACCUACAACUCCUCCUCCUCCUCCUACCACCCCCUCCCCUGCAACUCCUCCCUCUGCUCCUCCUUCCACUCCUCCGCUUGCACCCACAACACAUGCGCCCUCUUCCCGGAAAACCCCAUCACCAGAACCACCGUUCUCGCCACCGCACUUCUCGACUCGCUCACUCUCCCCACCUCAACUCAGACCCUACUCGCUCACAUCUCCGAUUUCCUCUUCUCUUGCUCAACCGCCCAAUUGCUCCAAGGCCUCGCCACCAACGCCGCCGGUCUAGCCGCCUUGGGCCGGUCCAACCACUCCCUCCCGGCUCAAAUCAGCUCUGCCUUCUCCUCCCCUAAUAUCUUCGCACUCUGCUUACCCGGUUCAUCAUCCCAAACCGGCACGGCUUUCUUCGGUUCAACCGGACCGUAUUUCUCCUCUUCUUCCAAAAUUGACCUCUCUAAAUCGCUUAAUUACACUCCGCUAGUAACAAACCCGGUCGGUGACACCGUCGUCACCGACAACUCACAACCGUCCGACGAGUAUUUUAUAAACGUGACUUCAAUCCGGAUCAACGGUGUGCAGCUUCCCAUCAACCAGUCAAUCCUGACCGUUGAUCAAAACGGCUACGGUGGGACCAAGAUCAGCACUUCAAAUCCCUACACUGUUCUAGAAAGUUCCAUCUACAAAGCGUUUGUUGAAUUGUUUGUGAACCAGUCCUCAACGGCGUUUAAACUAACGGUGACGGAAGCUGUGGCGCCGUUUGGUGCGUGCUACCAUGCGGAAGACCUUACGGAGACGCGGGUUGGACCUGCGGUGCCUACCGUUGAUCUUGUGAUGGAUGGCGAGGAUGUGUUUUGGAGAUUGUUUGGGAGCAAUUCGAUGGUGAGGAUUGAGAGUGGAGGAGGGGUGGUGUGGUGUUUGGGUUUUGUGGAUGGUGGGACCCGUAGGAGGACAGGCGUUGUGAUUGGAGGGCAUCAGAUGGAGGAUAAUCUUGUGCAGUUUGAUGUUGAGGCAAAUAGAUUUGGGUUCUCCUCAUCUCUUUUGCUUCAGGGUGCCACGUGUGCUUUUGGCUGAGCUCGGACUACUAAUUCUCUCGUCGCGGAUACUAGAGAGAUAAACAAUUUAGCGGCAAACUGCGUCGCAUUGCUACGAACGAUGAUUGAACCUAAAUAGUCAAGGGACGAGGUGAGUUAACACCAACACAUGUAUGGUUGCCUUCAAAUUGUACUUAAUGUAUUGUCACUAAUUUUGCCAAUUACUGAAACUGAAAGAUGAAAACGUUCCCCACAAAAGAUUAUAUGCAAUUGGGAUAGCUAGUUGUACAGCUAAUUGUACGCCAUAAGGUCAGCACUCACUUUUUAAUAAGAGAAAAUCAUAAGCUACAGAUAAGUUUUGCACAACAAUUGCCAUCAAUUUGAAGAUAUACUGUUAGGGUGGUUUUUGAUUUUAUGUUUUAAGAAUAAAAGUUAGCUUUAAGGUUUGCAAGUUUAAUUAUAAUUUUUUGUGAUUUUCAAUUUUAAAAAUUUAUUGCACUUUUGUAAAUUUAUAAUAUUCAUAACAAUUAUCAAUUUUGUAAAUUUAUGAUAAUGAGCGGUAGUGGUGACAUGAUAAUAGAGGGGUUAGGUAGCAAUGGUGGCAGCGAUAGUGAUGGUGGAGGAGGUGGUUGUGUUGGCAGUGGUAGAGAGUAGUGGAGGUGGUAGUGUCAAGGUCAUCGACGAUGAAGGUGUAGUGGUGGCGGUGAAGAUGAUGGUGGUGGAGGUGGAUGUACUUGAUGUUGGCGACGAAGGUUGCAAUGGCAGCGACGGUGGUGGUUAUGACGAUGACAACAUUGGUAAUGGUGGUAAUGGAACCAUGGUGGUGGUGGAGGUGGAAAUGAUGUUGUAGGAGGGUGGUGGUAGAAGUGGAGGUUGCAUCAGUAGUGAUGGUUGCAACUUGCGAUAAUGGAGGCGAUGGUGUUGGAGGGUAGUGGUGGUUGUGAAGGUUGCAGCGGUGGUGGUAGUAGUCAUGGAUGAUGCAAUGAAAGGUUGUGGUGGUAUUAAGAAAGUUUUUAUGUCUUCGAAGUUGACUGUAAUAACCUUAAUGUUUGGCGUGGUGGUCAGCCCACCUUGUCACUUAAUUAUGAGAUGACUUAAUUAUGAGAUGAGGGUUUGAUCUUCUCCUAAUAGCAGCUAACUAAUGUAUGAAAAUCAUUUUCAUAA